AUGGACCACGAAACCUCCAACGCCCAAGAGUGGCAGCUUCCUGGGUACGGCCGUUUUACGCCUAAGAAGAAGGCUGCCCAGACCAUACCGCCACCCCAGACACCAACUCCGCACGCCGCCGCGUCUAGGCCUAAGAACGAACCGGAACCGAAGACACAAAUACCACCCACAGCUCUAAAGGCACCUGCUCUCCUGACAAAAAAUGCCGGACCACCUCAGAGAGCCGCCCGAGCGAGGAGCCGAGGAUCGAGAGGAAGAGGAAGAUAUAACAAAGGGACCGUCCACUCGAGUCAAUUGUUUCGGGAUACUUCUGCAAAGUCUAAAUGGAGAAAUGGGGCAAAGCCCAAUGGCGUGGUGCAAUUGCCGGCUCCGUUUGGUGUGUUCAAGCACGAAUUCUUUGGUGCGGUAAGGACCACUACGUUUCUCAAGAAAAGCGACGGAGUACGAGGCCGGAAUGAAGUGUUUGAAGAAAUCAACAAGAGAACCAAUGCCUACGUCAAUCCUCCUGGAUAUACAGAUCAGGUCAUACACAUUUGGGGUGAGCCUCCGCAGGUUACUGCAGCUGAGGAGAUAAUCAGGGCAGCUAUUUUCAAAUGCAACAGCUUCAACAAGGUGGUCAACAAAAAGAUCGCCGACUGGACCAAGAUACGUGCAUAUUCAGAGAACAAAGAGGCCAACACCGACUUCAAGGAGAAGCGCGAGAUUGUAUUGCAACAACUUCGCGGACCCCCCGGGCCUGGUUUCUCUUCCUCUGAACAGCUGCUCUUUCUAUGGCCAAAAGAUGGGCCUUCGAUGAACGACUGUCUCGGUCCGCAGCUCGAAUAUCUCGACCUAAUCCGAGCCCGCUUCGAGUGCCAUAUGUGGUCAUCAAAGGAUCUGCCUGGAUACAUCUGCGCCGUUGGCCAAAGUCACGAAGCCAUGAAAGAGAUUGCGCGGCGUCUUCGAACUCUUUAUGCUGAGUCUGUGGCUAAAAGCAAUGUCAAGACGAAGCUCUAUCUUGUCGAACCUCCUGAGCCAAGGAUCAUGAAAUCAGAGAUUGUUGUCAAGAAGGAAUAUAACUUGCACAAGCCGAUGCUUCAAGGCAAUCCCCUCAGCAGCAAUGGUCUCACUAAAUGGCAGGAUCGAGUGGUCCUGAUAGAUUCCAAAAACAGAGCCCGACUGCAGGAUGCUAUUGAAAGGUCCUUGGUAGGCAUUGCUUAUGUUCGCGGACACCUGCGGAUGCGCAUUAACCUUGGUACAUUCGUACUGGAUAAGUACGCAGUACCCGAGGACAACAUGCCCUUCUAUGGCUUCGAGGAGUUUAGAGAAAUGCUGCUACACGAGCAAACCAAAGGCCGUCUCAUACCAGUGCUGAAAGUCGACCAGUCUAAACUCCUCGAGAGGUGCUUCAAGGCUACCCAUUUGAUUGAGCGCUGUGACGGCAUGUCCAGUCCGUUGAGAAGUGCCGAACUCGCAUACUCUGUGAACUUCGAGUUCACGGGCUCGGACAAGUCUAUGCUUCGGCUCGAAGCAGAAUUCGCCAAAAGCCCCGGAGCGCAAGACUAUGAAAUUACCCAACGCCGAUGGCUUAGACCUCGCACUGGCGGACAUGCGGCGGACCAGCGUCCUCCUUUGCAUGUUGCUGUGACUGACUUUGGACGGUCCGACUGGCAGCUCGAGAUCAAGUCACUUGAUUUCCACGACACAGCAUCGAUUAACACAGCCCUGAAGAGAUUUUCGCAUACCAUCGGCUUCCAGCACACGGAGAAUAUGGGCGACAUCUCUGCAGAGCCCGAAAGAAAGGUGAUCUUCCCCGCAGAUGCCCCUGUCUCAAGGUUUAUCGAGAAAACCGCCCUUCGAUACAGCCUGAAGGACACGGAUUACAUUUUUGAGAUUGCCCGUUACGACGAAUACAGACGCGUUGACCUGGCCGUCCAUCCGGGUCAGACCGGGACUACGAUCACCGGAGGCAUCUCGAAGACCCCGUUUACAACCUGGGGUGCUUCGAUUUUCGGCACGAACUGGGAUAAUCUGCUCGGCGGCCAUGCGAAUUUACCGGUUGGUCAAGCUGCAAGAUACAGUCCCAGCUUGUCCACAUUCUUCCCGUCCAAGGAACCUUCGACGGAGAUUGAAGAUGAGGCCAAGGGAUUUUGGGAGUUUAUCGAUCUGGUCAAGCAAGCUGCGGAACUGCUCGGUCCAACACAGCCAUCACCCUUGAAGAGCACUGGCCCCAAUACCGCGUCUCAAGCCGUACCCUCUUCCACCAAGGUUGACCCGGUGAAGAGCGCGGCCAGUUCAUCCGCAGUCUCUUCCCCUACUAGUAUGAGUAGGCCGGCCGAAAUGUUGAAUGCUGAUCUUGGUACCUUGUUUUGA